UCCCCAAGCCUACUUCAGAGGGAAAGGGAGACAGAAGCAACACAAAGAUGCAAGUCAAAGUUGUGGCUAUUUUCCUGGCUGUCUGCCUGCUCACCUUGGAAGGCACCAGAGCUGCACCUGGGAAUGUAGGCAGCUUUGACAACAACAAUGUAGGAUCUAACAGUUUCAAUGACAACGGAAACAGCUAUGAUUCUGGAUCUUAUGGAGGGAAUAGCAGAAGCUUUGAUAACAACAAGGUUGGGGACAACAGCUUCAAUGACAAUGGCAAUUCCUAUAAUGGACCUGAAAUCUGGUACUAAAAGCCAACCACUACUGUUCCAGAUACCCUCUGCUCAGACUUUUCAUCAAGGAUAUCAUUGCUGACUCAAAUGAUUCUUUUUAUUUGGUGUUGAACCUGUCUCUGCUACUGACUGUACAAAAGCUUCUUCUUGCAAAUAAAGAAACAUGACUUCACAAAUGAGCUUGCAGAACA